GGGCUCGAGCCGCGCAGCCCCGUGUCCGUCCGUCUGUCGGGGUGUCCGCCGGUCUGUCGGUGCGGGGGGGCCGCUGCCGGCCGAGGUGCUGCCGUAGCCAUGGCGACGUGAGCCGGAUGCGGGGCCGGGGGAUGCUGCUCCCGCCCGCCCGCCGCAGGGAUGGUGCUGGGACCCUCUCGGGGCACAUCCCUGCCGCCCCCCGCCAUGCCCGCCGCCCUCCGCCUGCUCUGCGGGGUGGUGGUGCCUGCUGCCCUGCUCUGCGCCGAGCCCCUGCCCCGCAUCGCCUUCCCCAGCGAGGACCCGCGACGGACCCUCACCCACUUCAGCCAGGACAACGUGUCUCACUACGACAUCUUCCUCCUGGAUGAGGGCGAGGAGGAGCUGUAUGUGGGGGCGCGUGACCACGUGCUGGCCCUCGCCGUCGGCCCUGGCAGUGUCCAUGCGAGAGCCUCGAUAGUGUGGGGACCCACGGCUGAGAAAACCUCUGAGUGUGCUUUUAAGAAGAAGAGCCAAGAGACCGAGUGCUUCAACUUCAUCCGAGUCCUGGUGGCCCUGAACCAGACCCACCUCUACGUGUGUGGGACCUACGCCUUCAGCCCUGCGUGCACCUACAUCCACCUGGAGAACUUCACGCUGGUGCCCAGCGGCAGAGGACAACCCUUCCUGGACGGGAAGGGCCAGUGCCCCUUCGACCCCCAGCACAACUACACGGCCCUGCUGGUGGAUGGUGAGCUCUACGCUGGCACCAUGAACAACUUCCAGGGCAACGAGCCCAUCAUCUCCCGCUCGCUGGGCACCCGCACCCUGCUCAAGACAGACGCCUUCCUGCGCUGGCUCUCGGACGACGCUGCCUUCGUGGCCUCCUUCAGCAUCCCUGGGGACGACAAGGUCUACUUCUUCUUUGAGGAGACGGCCGAAGAGUUCGACUUCUUCGAGCGGCUCCUGGUGCCGAGGGUGGCCCGUGUCUGCAAGAGUGAUGUGGGGGGGGAAAAGGUGCUGCAGAAGAAGUGGACGACGUUCCUGAAGGCGCAGCUCGUGUGCUCCCAGCCCGGCCACUUCCCCUUCAACGUCAUCCACCACGCCUUCGCCCUGCCCCGCCCUGGCGGCCGCGCCGACUUCUACGCCGUCUUCACCUCGCAGUGGCAGGCGGGCGGGGAGGGCAGCGCCGCCGUCUGUGCCUACAGCCAGGAGGAUCUGGAGAAGGUCUUCGAGGGCAAGUACAAGGAGCUGAACAAGGAGAGCUCCCGCUGGACUGUCUACAGCGGCCCUGACAUGAGCCCCCGGCCUGGCAGCUGCUCCGUGGCUCCCUCCUCAGACAAAGCCCUCACCUUCAUGAAAGACCAUUUCCUGAUGGAUGAGAAGGUGUCACCCAUCCAGGGGAGGCCGCUGCUGGUGAAGUCAGACGUCACCUACACGCGCAUCGCUGUGGAUGAGACUCGUGGCGUCUCAGGCACCACCUACCGCGUCCUGUUCCUGGCCACGGCCAAGGGUUACCUGCACAAGGCGGUGGAGCUGCCUGAGGGUCCCCACAUCGUGGAGAGCAUCCAGCUCUUCCAGACGCCGGAGCCGGUGAAGAACCUGCUGCUGUCCCCGGGGAAGGGCACCCUCUACGUGGGCUACUCCGGAGGAGUCCUCCAGGUCCCACUGGCCAACUGCAGCCUGCACCGGAGCUGCGCCGAGUGCGUGCUGGCACGGGACCCCUACUGCGCCUGGCACAGCCCCCAGGGCUCCUGCCAGCCCACCCCCAGGGCCACUGAGGACAGGAGCGCGUGGCUGCAGGACAUCGAGACGGGGAGCCCGGCAGCCACCUGCCACCGAGGGAGGAGCGUGGCCAUGCCCCGGGCCUGGGGGGGGCCAGAGGAUCCCACCGUGCAGGUGCUCAACCCCCAGCCCAACGCUAUCGUCCACCUGCCGUGCCCCUGCCACUCUGCACUGGCCACCUACAGCUGGCAGCAGCCCAGCAGUGCCCGGGAGGACGCGGUGCUGCUGCCGAACCACACGCUGGUGGUCAUCAUGCAGCCGGAGACCGCCGGCGUCUACAAGUGCCAGGCCACGGAGAACGGCUACACCUGGACCGUGGCUCACUAUCAGCUCCGGGGCUCUGCCGGGGCGGCCCUGGGGGACGGGUUGGACGAGGAGGAGCUGGCCUGGGGGUCCUCGGCCGUCGGCACCCCCGGCUCGUACUGGUCGCAGUUUGUGACGGUGACGGUGCUGCUGGUGGUGACGGUGACCGUGGCCGCCUGCCUGGUCCUGCUCGCCUACCGCGACCAGCUGAGGGCCCGCAGCAAGGUCCGGGGCUGCAGCGCUCCCCACAGCCCCCCGGCCCGCCACCGGGAGAAGGUGCCCCUCAACGGGGGCACCGGAGAGCCCCCGGUGCCCGGAGCGGCCGCUGAGGAGGAGGAGGAGGAUGAAGGUUCCCAGGCUUGCUGCCUCCAGCUCGAUGGGGACAUCGACGUGGACAACAACCGGCUCCACGUGCCGGGGCAGGGCGCGGCGUGACACUGCCAGGGGACACGCUGGGGAG